AUGGCGACUUUGUUGGUGAAAGGUUUAGGAACUGGAAAAAAGGGGGAAAGGCUGAAAGAACAUGUCGAAGGUCCUAAUAGUGCUCAUAACAAAGCUUGGGCUCAAUGUGAAGCUUUGAAAAAUCAGAAACAACAUAUUCAGUAUGCAUUUGACAAGCAGACAGAUCAAAAUCGAAGAGAUUAUCGAAUAAGGUUAAAUACAUCAAUUGAUUGUGUUCGAUUUCUUUUACGUCAAGGACUUGCAUUCCGUGGUGAUGAUGAAUCGAAGAAUUCAGCUAAUCGGGGUAAUUUUCUUGAGCUUUUGAGUUUUUUAGCAGAUCACAAUGAUGAUAUUAAAUAUGUAAUAAAUGGUGCUCCUGAAAAUCUCAAACUGAUAGCACCUAGUAUUCAAAAGGAUAUUAUGAAUGCUGCUGCAGUAAAAACUAUUAAUGUCAUCAUGGAAGAGAUAGGAGGUGCACUAUUUUCUAUUCUAGUUGAUGAAUCUCGUGAUAUUUCGAUGAAAGAGCAGAUGUCAAUUGUGCUACGUUUUGUGAAUAAGGAUGCUUGUAUAGUUGAAAGGUUUGUCGGUGUUGAACAUGUUACUAGCACUACUGCUCUUGCACUAAAAGAAGCAAUUGAUUGUUUCUUUUCUAGACAUAACUUGAGCAUUUCGAGGUUGCGAGGUCAAGGUUAUGAUGGAGCUAGUAAUAUGCAGGGUGCGUUUAAUGGUUUAAAAGCUCUUAUUUUGAAGGAGAAUCCAUGUGCCUUUUACAUUCAUUGUUUUGCUCACCAACUUCAACUUGCUCUUGUAGCUGUUGCAAAGAAACAUAUUCUAGUUUCUGCAUUGUUCUUCUCAGUUACUAGUAUAGCAAAUGUUGUUGGUGCUUCUUCCAAAAGGUGUGACAUUCUUCAUAAAAAAGAAGCUGAGAAAAUUUUUAGUGCUCUCAACAAUGUCAAGGUUCUUGAGAUGAUUGUGGAGGACGGGAUUGAGGCACUUGAUGAUCAGCUUGAAACUUAUAUCAUUGAUAUGCGUUCUACUGAUGUGUUUGGAAGACUAAAAGGUAUUGGAGCUCUUGCUCAAAAGAUGGUAGAGAUGAAAAAGCUCGAGUUGCCACUGCUACAGUUGAAAGAGUAUUUUCUGCGAUGA